GAGCUGCACACGCAGCAGCCUGCAGGUGAACUCUGAAGUUUACUGUGGACUUAAAAGUGUGUUUUUACUGCAGAUAUGGAUUUUAAAAUACGCCCUGCAAGAAAAGAAGAUUGUAAGGAUGUAUCACGAAUGAUAAUGGAUCUGGCUGUUUUUGAAAACGUGGCGGACCAGGUUAAAAUAUCACAUGAAGAACUGGAACGUGAUGGGUUCUGCCAGAAUCCCCUCUUCGAAUGUCUCAUUGCAGAAGUACCAGAGGAGCAUAAAUCUAAAGAUGGCUUCACGGUUGUUGGGUACGCCCUUUACUUUUACACUUAUAGUACAUGGAAGGGACGAUCAGUGUAUCUGGAGGACCUGUAUGUGAUGCCAGAGUUCAGAGGAAAUGGUAUUGGAAAAGGUUUACUAAGUAAAGUUGCAGAGAUUGGGAAAGAGAAGCAGUGUGUGCGGCUGCAGCUGUCUGUGUUGGACUGGAAUACUGUAGCUCGAGAGUUUUAUGCAACUAGAGGGGCUCUGGACCUCACUGAGACUGAAGGCCGGCACUUACUACGUUUUGAGCAACUAAACAUGGACAAGUUAGCAAAGGGAGCUUCAAAAGAAAGGUCAUUUGACUAGUUAAAUAUACUUUAUACUGCUGUAAAAAUGUGUCGGUAUACAAAAAUGUUUCAGCAAAAAACACUUUGUAGGAUGAUGCCAAGAUAAGACACUGUACUUUGUUCCACUUUGUG